UACACCUCCCAGCCUGCCCUGGGGCGCUUCCACCCUCUCGAGCUCCAGGCUGCGGCAUAACAUCCCUGUUUUGCUCCAGAUCAUUCCAUCCUUCCAGGGAACAGGGAAGGGAAAUGGCUGCAGUGGAGCCAGUUGAGGGGCCGGUGGCCUUCGAGGAGGUGGCUGUGUAUUUCACCAGAGAAGAGUGGGCUCUGCUGGACCCCGCUCAGAGAGCCCUCUACAGAGAUGUCAUGCAGGAGAACUAUGAGAACGUGACCUCGCUGGGGUUUCCAGUUUCCAAACCUGAGAUCUCCCAGCUGGAAAGAGGGGAAGAGCUGUUCUCCCCAGAUCUCCAGGGCUUAGAGGAAAGAGAGCUCCCGAGAGGCAUCUACACAGCAGGUGAUGGGAUGGUGAGUGAGACCUUGGAGCAGAAGCCUCAGCAGGAAGAUGAUGAGCAAGUCAAACCACCUGGGACAUUAUUGCAAAAAUGCAAAGGGGGUAUGUCUAGGAAUUGUGAGCAGGGAAAAGCCUGUGAGAGUCAGCACAGGCCAGAGAAGUGGCAGGGAAACCAGCCACCACAGAAAGUUGGUAAAUCUGUUAAUUGUUGGGGAACUCACAAAGGCCUCAAGGAAACCACGACCCAGCAGAGAAUCCCCAUGGGAGAGAGAAAUAACACAUGUGUUGAGUGUGGAAAAAAGUUCAGUAGGCCCGCACUGCUUCUUAGCCAUCAGAGAAUCCACACAGGGGAGAAACCCUAUGAAUGCUGUGAGUGUGGGAAAACCUUCACUGAGCGCUCAACCCUUAUUAAACAUCAGAGGAUCCACACAGGGGAGAAACCCUACGAAUGCUGCGAGUGUGGGCAAACCUUCACUGAGCGCUCAACGCUUAUUCAACAUCAGAGGAUCCACACAGGGGAGAAACCCUAUGAAUGCUGUAAGUGUGGGAAGACCUUUGCUCGGAGCUCACACCUUAUUAGGCAUCACAGAAUCCACACACAGGAGAAACCCUAUGAAUGCUGUGAGUGCGGGAAAACAUUCACUGAGUGCUCAUCCCUUAUUCAGCAUCAGAGGAUCCACACAGGGGAGAAACCCUAUAACUGCUGUGAGUGUGGGAAAACCUUUGCGCGGAGCUCACAUCUUAAUAGGCAUCAGAGAAUCCACACAGGGGAGAAACCCUACGAAUGCUGUGAGUGCGGGAAAACCUUCACUCGGAGCUCACACCUUAUUAGGCACCACAGAAUCCACACAGGGGAGAAACCCUAUGAAUGCUGUGAGUGCGGGAAAACCUUCACUCAAGACUCAUCCCUGAUUAAACAUCAGAGAAUCCACACAGGGGAGAAACCCUAUGCAUGCUGGGAGUGCAGGAAAACAUUCGUUCGGCGCUCACACCUUAAUAAACAUCAGAGGAUCCACACCAGGGAGGAACCCUAUUAAUGUUUCGAGUGUGGGGAAUUCUUCCAUCAGAGCUCAGCCCUUAUUACUCCCGAGGGCAUUCUGC